AUGACUUUAAGUAUUCUUCCAUUAUUGGAAUUCAAAACUCCAAAACAUGCAAGGCGUGCCCCCAAAUAUACGGGUGCGGCUAAUCCACAAUUGCUGCUAGAUGGGUUUUAUCUCAAUGAAAGACUUCAAUUGAAACAUAAGAUAGGUGCAGGCACAUAUGGAUUGAUAUAUCUUGUUGAAGAUUUAAUGACUGGGCAGAAAUUUGCGGCAAAAAUGGUUUUAACUGAUGCACCAAACAGAGUAGAUGGAGCUUCGGUCGAAGAGAAUAAAAGGAGAAUUAAGACAAGAUUAUUCGACUAUUUUAAUUCUAAACAAAGAGUAAAUACAAAUGAGUUGAAUUUGGACUAUAUUCGGAAUGAGGGUCUUCAGUCUUCAUUUUUAAGAGAAAUUGCAUUGCACUUAAGAGUGCAUCAACAUCCAAAUAUCAUCACAAUCCAUAAGGUGAUAAGUCUAGACAAUGUGGCUAUAGCGAUAAUAAUGGAUUACUAUGAACAGGGUGACUUGUUUGACAACAUAGUGGAGAAGCGAAUAUUUAUGUAUCCUCCAUACUAUCAAGAUAAGCAAACUUUGAUGAAAAAUGCAAUGUUACAGUUGAUCGAUGGGAUCAAUUUUUGUAAAAGCCAAGGUAUAUAUCACUGUGAUCUAAAGCCAGAAAACAUUAUGGUCAGAUAUCAAAAGAGUUACAGAAGGACGAGCAAGAGUAUUAUUGACUAUACUGAAAUUCAAGUCGUGUUGAUAGAUUUUGGUUUAGCCAUGAAUUCAGAUAUAAUAUGUUGCAACACUCGCCGUGGUUCCAGCUUCUACAUGGCACCAGAAAGGGUUACCAAUUAUGCUACUAGCGAUUUCAUUAGAUCAAGAGUUGACUUGGAUCAAUAUAAAUCCAUAAUGUGCGAUAAUCCCUCCAGUGCUAAGUAUUUCCCUACUGUAGCAGGUGACAUAUGGUCAUUAGGUGUAUUAUUUUUGAAUAUUACUAGCGCCAAAAAUCCAUGGCCUAGUGCAUCAAUAGAAAUGAUUAAUGGUAAUAAUGUUUUCCAAUCUUACUUGAAUGACGAAAAAAUACUCAGCUCUAUUUUUGCAAUAUCAAAUAAUUUCAAUUCUAUACUCGUGCGAAUAUUCAAGUUGAAUCCGAACGAUAGAAUUUCACUUGAAGACCUAGCUUAUGAAAUAGGACGCUGCAAUUUUUUUAUUAACUGUCAGUCAGUCUACCAGCUACCAAGUCCGGUAGAUAGCGAAGGAGACGAUGACGACAUGAUAUAG